GGCUCAGGUAAACCGGUUUUGUUAUUAAUUCAUUUAAAUAUGUAAAGCCAAACGAGAAAAUAACUCAAUCGUGAAAAGGGUCAACAAUCCACACCCUGGUGCAGGUAUUUCGUGCACAAAAGGUGGGGAUACGGCGAGUGGUGGCAAAUUGACAGAUAGGACUUGUCAGGGGAACUUUAAUACGGGUCGAGAGAUCAUUAUCCCGCGGGAAGCUAGACCUGUUCAUCACCUACAUCAAAGGAUACCACUAUGGCUUCAUUCCGGGCUCUCUCGAAAGAGGGCCAUGCAGCCAUGAGUAUGCGAGACGGGUCGGACCGAUGGAUUCUGAUUCAGAAAAACACAUUCACAAACUGGGUGAACGAACAGCUCCGAGUAGCUGGGGUGGAGACGACGGAUUUCGUCACGGAGCUGGAAAAUGAUUUUGAUACAGGUGUCAAGCUUUGUUUUCUUGUGCAGGGACUGCAGGGUAAAAAAGUGGGGCGGAUCAUUAAAAAGCCCCUGAAUCAUCAUCAACAACUGGAAAAUGUUACCAUAGCUCUCAAUGCUAUUGCCAAUGACAACGUUAGACUGGUGAAUAUUGGUCCAGAGGAUAUUGUGAAUGGAAACCUGAAGCUGAUUUUGGGUUUAAUAUGGCACUUAAUUCUGCGAUACCAGAUCGGAAAGACGAAAUUCCCAACCAAGAAACUAAUGCUGGCCUGGCUGCAGGCAGUCAUUCCGGAGUGUGCAAUCACAAACUUCACCACCGACUGGAACAGUGGAGUAGCUCUACAUGCCUUGAUAGACUACUGUAGACCUGGACUGUGCCCCAACUGGAGACAGAUGAGUAGGAGUGAUGGGCUAAACAAUUGUAAGAAUGCUAUGGAGCUGGCCAAAAGGGAGUUUGACAUUCCUCUGGUGGUACGGCCCGAGGAUCUGUCAAGCCCCGACCUUGACGAGCUGUCUGGCAUGACCUAUCUCUCCUACUUCAUGAAAGUGGACUCUCCCGGUUACCAUGCCACCAUGAACAUGGUUCGCAAACUGCUGAAAUCGGGGACCAUCAACAACUUUACGUCGGACUGGUCUGAUGGACGUCUGCUCUGUAAUCUCUGUGUGUCGAGUGGUGCUACAAUUCCUGGAUGGCCCAAUUUGAAUGGCAGCCAUGUUGAAGUACAGCAAUUAGGAAUUGAUGCUGCUAAGCGGAUGGGAGUGGAGCCCAUUCUAACAGCCAAAGAAAUGUGUGAUCCUGAGGUGGACCACAUUGGUAUCAUGGCGUACGCCGCCUACUUCAGUCGAUUCAAACCCUUCAGGGCACCUGCUGAAAAAGUGGUCAUGGAUGUUCAGCCGAAAAACUGCUAUAUUGGAAUCAUUUCCACAUUCUCUGUGAGGAUUGAGGAUGACGACAUCUCAUCCAGUGCUAUCCGAGCGGAUCUGAAGGGUCCGGAUUCCAACCCUCCCGUUACCUUCUCCUGGAGUGGUAGAGUAGGCACCGCCUCAUUUACACCACUGGAAACCGGCAUCCACAGGCUGAAUGUUUAUUGUGAGAACCAGUUAAUUGUGGGCUGUCCAAUCUCAUUCAAAGUUUUAGCAGACAGAUCAAAAGUGACAUUUUCUAGCGUUGAUCACUGUGCAGUGGGAAUGAUUACAGAGCUCAAAGUAAAUUCCCAGUACGCUGGGCAAGGUGACGUCCAGGUAGAGGCUAGAGCCCCCGGGGGGAGAGUCCACAACUUACGCACAGUCUACAGAAAUGGAGACUAUGUCAUUAACUUCACCCCCUCAGAAGUCGGUGUCUGGCAGAUAUCUGUCCACUAUGAAGGGGAUCACAUCAAUGGAAGUCCAUUCAACAUCAAAGUGUUUGAUCCCAAUGCUGUCCGAGUCUUUGAAUUGGAAGGAGGAACUGUGGGAAUGGGACUCAACUUUAUGGUGGACACAUCAGAGGCUGGUGAGGGAGACCUAAGGGUGACAGUGACCCACAAUUACCAGCAGGUCCCAGCAUACAUCACUCACCAGAGGGCAGGCUUGUACAGAGUAGACUUCACACCAGAGGGCGCCGGCACUUACAAAGUCAAUGUCUUCUAUAAUGAUAUUGAAGUCAGGGGUUCUCCAUACACCCUGGACAUCGUGGACUCGGGUCGAGUUACGGUCAGUGGCGACGGACUCAGUCUGGUCCCGGUCAACAGGACGGCCAGAUUCGAGGUGGACACGCAAGGGUCAUCCUCUGGCAAGGUCGACGUAGAAAUCACAGCUCCCUCUGGUAAAAAUGUUAUAAAGAAGAUAGAGACAAAGGGAAAUGGAAAAUUUGAUGUGGAAUACACUCCUUUUGAGACAGGUGACCAUCAGAUAAUGGUUUACUUCUGUGACCAGCCGGUCAAGGGAGGGCCGUUCUCCUGCAAGGUGUACGAUGCUGGACAGGUCAUUGUGUCACACAUGCCCUCACACGCCACGGUCAAUCAACCCGUGUCAUUCAACAUUGAUGCUUCAGAGGCUGGCUCAGGGAACAUAGAAAUCAUGGUCAACAAAGGUCGCAUUGCCUGCAAUGUCCAGAACCUGGGCAGUUACAAAUUCCUGGCUUCCUUUGUUCCCACUAAAGUAGAGAAACACACCAUAGAAAUGAAGUUUAAUAAUCUACCAGUUAUAGGAUCUCCAUGGAUUGUUCAAGUGACAGACCCCAAGUCUAUCUCCGUCACGGGCGGGGGCAUAGACUUCGUUCUCUGUAAUAGGAAAACAAACUUUGUUGUGAAUUGUGACACAAAUAUGUCCGAAAAUAUCAGUGUGUCGAUCACAGGUCCCAGUGGUCGUUCUGUACCAUGUGACAUUUCUAGUGGGUCACAAGGUCAAAUAGUAGAAUAUGUACCAACAGAAGUGGGUGACCAUAAGAUUUUCAUAAAAUACAGAGACACAGAGAUAGAGGGAAGCCCCUUCACAGCGAAAGCUUACGACACAUCAGCCAUUACUGUUACUCCUCUACAAGAUGGAAUGGUCGGGUCACCAGUGGAAUUCACAAUUGAUGUGACAAGAGCAGGGGAAGGUCAGCUAGAAAUCAUGGUCAACAACGGAAACCUCCGAAACACAGUAGAGUUGGAGCGUGCAGGUGUAUACAGAAUAACCUUCACCCCCGAGGAGGCGGGGCGACAAUACGUCAACAUAAACUUCAACAGUGAAGGGCUGCCAGGGUCCCCCUUCUCCUGUUUGGCGAUGGAUGCUGCCGGGGCAACCAUUUCUGGUCUGAAGACGGCACUUCCUGCCAACAAACUAACCACCUUCACCAUAGAAACGCCAUCGUCAGCGACAGAGUUCAGUGCAGUGGUAGACAUCACAAGUCCAUCAGGAGAGAAGAUUCCUGCGAAGACGACCCACACGGCUGUAGAUGGGAUGCAUGUUGAAUUCACUCCAAGGGAAGUAGGGCAGUACACCAUCCAGGUAUUCUGUGGUAAGGAUGACCUCUGUGGAGGCCCUCAGUAUGUCAAUGUGUUCAACCCGAAGAGUGUCAUCAUCAACAACAUGCCCUUCCACACCUUUGUCGGGGAAACCUGUACAUUCUUAGUUGAUGCGUCCAAGGCUGGCGGGGGUAUUUUGGAGGUAGCUAUUCUGGCCAAUAAGAAUCACGUCCCCCACACGCUGGAGGAUCUUGGGAAGGGGGUGUAUGAGGUCAGUUUUGUGGGACAGGAAGCCGUGCGACACAGAGUUCAUCUGACAUUUAACGAGAUUUACAUCCCAGGGAGUCCAUUCUGGAUUGAGGUUUUGGAUGAGUUGGAGUUUGUCAUGGAUGAAUUCAGUCACCAGCAGUUCUUCUCUGUCUACCAGUCAGCAGGGUUUACAUUUCAUGGCCCCAGUGGCCUGAGUGAGAAAUUCACUGUCUCCAUUGAAGGUCCCUCUGGAAGGAAAGUGGAUGCUAAGAUUCGAGAAACCAGUGCUAAGACUUAUUGUAUUGAGUUUGAACCCAAUGAAGUCGGCAGCCAUCUUGUUGAGGUGUACUUUAAUGGAGUGAUGUUGAAGAACUUUCCCUAUGUGAUCAAAGUGUAUGAUGUCAAUCAUGUGAGAGUGACCAGACCUGAUAAAGCCAUGGUGGAUGAAUCUGUCCGACUCCUUAUUGAUGUUAGUCGAUCAGGGGAAGGGGAACUUGAAAUGAUCGUGGAAUGUGAUGAAGAAACCAUACCAAGUGAAAUGAAGGAGACAGAGAGAGGAAGGAUUGAGGCUUUCUUUAUUCCCAGAAAACCAGGGCUCCACAAAAUAAGCAUGACAUUCAAUGGAGAUAAAGUUCCAGGAUCACCUUUCAUGGUAGAUGUAGAAGGACAAAUUGUGAAAGAAACGGCCAUUAUGGCAAAGUCAGAAGUCCAAAAAAUGAACAUACAGUCUCGGAAUUUCCGAAUCAACCAACAACAAUGGAUUCUUCUCCAGGCUUUCGGUUCCGGAGUUGAAGACUUUAGCCAUUUUCAGAUCAGCAUUAUAGCUCCAAAUGGAAACAGGAUCCCGGCCAGAAUCAUGUCUCAGGCAGACGGCAGCUUUAAGGUGGAGUGGACCCCAACAUCUACAGGGCGCCAUACAGUGGAGGUGCAGUAUGCGGGACGACAGAUUGAUGGCAGUCCGUUCUAUGUGGAUGUAUUUGACCUGGCCAUGAUCAGAGUUGAACAUUUCAAACAGGGUGGAAUUGGACAAACAGCUUCCUUUGACAUUGACUUCAGUCAAGUGGGUGUUCAGGACUACAGUGUGGUUAUUAGGAGCCCCACAGGAAACAUUAUAGACUAUAAUUCUACCAGCUCUUACUCUGAUGUGAGGAAGGAGAUCACUUACGUACCAACAGAGGCAGGACAGCACGAGAUCUACAUCAACUACUGCGGGUUUGAACUUCCAGGCUGUCCGGUCAUUCACACCAUUGAUGAGGGAGGUCUGCCCUCGGCCUCCGGCCCCGGUCUGUACAAAGGUCAGGAAGACAAGGAAGCUGUGUUCUAUGUGGAUGUGGGCAAGAGGAGUGGAGAUCUGGACAUCAAGGUGGAAGGACCUAACUCUAUUGCCAAGACAACAGUAGAGAGAGCUGGGGAGAAAUUCAUUGUGAACUAUACACCAGUAGAGGUGGGCAUCUUCAACAUCGGUAUUCUGUGGAACGGAACUCCUAUUCCAGGAAGUCCAUUCCACCCUAAGGUGUUUGAUCCCCGUAAGGUGCGGAUCUCUGGUGGGUGGGCCCAGUAUAUGGAUGGUAACGAGCGCGUUGGUCUGGUGGUGGGGGAGGAGAAGAGACUGGUAUUUGACAUCUCUCAGGCCGGCCCAGGAUCUCUAAGGGCUGAGGUAGUUGGACCUGGCUCUACAGUCCCCGCUACUGUCACAGACAGCUAUGGUCAGACAUUAGUGGCAUUUGUUCCCAGGGAGGAAGGAAACCAUUACAUUCAUCUCUACUGGUCGGAUGUGGCCCUCCCGAAUUCUCCGUUCCUCGGCUACGCCGUCCCAGCAUUCUCUGAUGCCAACAAGGUCAUCCUGACUGGGCGGGGCUUGAAGGAGGCUACCGUCCGCGAGGAGGCGGAGUUUGUGAUUGACGGAUCUCAGGCUGGACCAGAAUAUCAACAACCAAGCAGUGCCCCAGAAGUGACCUUGACUGGAGUAAGAGCAGAGAUCAAUGUCAAGGUCGUCAAUUUAGGCGGUGGCAAACACAGGUGUACCUAUGUCCCAGUGGUGCCAGGGGCAUAUCUCCUCAACAUCACAUGGAAUGGCCGACAGCUCAGGGGGUCACCGUACAAAGUCAAUGUCAUGGGAACGUUCUACCCCAAUAAGGUCAACGUGUCAGGUGAAGGUCUCCGAGGAGGAAUUCUGGGUAGAAGUAUGGACGUGGCAAUAGACACGAGGAAAGCUGGCCCAGGCGAGUUAACAGCAUACUGCAUGGGUCCUUCUAAAGCUUCAUACUGUGAGCUACAAGACAACCAUGAUGGAACAUUUAUACUAAAAAUCAAACCACAGGAACCAGGCAAACAUGUCCUACAGGUCAAAUAUGGAGGAGAACAUGUCAAUGGAAGCCCAUUUGUGUUGAAAGUUAAUGCACAACCUGAUGCUAGCAAAGUCAGAGUUACGGGCCCUGGUGUGGAACAUGGUAUCCUAGCAACAUACCAGAGUCGAUUUAUCGUGGAGACAAGAGGAGCCGGAGCAGGACAAUUAACUGUCAGGAUAAGAGGUCCCAAAGGUGGAUUCCAGGUGGAGAUGUACCGUGACAGUCAGCGUGAUCGUACGAUCCUGUGUCGGUACGAUCCCACCGAGACCGGACUCUACAUCAUCAGUGUCCGUUGGUCCGGAGUCGACGUCCCCGGGUCUCCGUUCCAAAUCCACAUAGUGGACACGCAGCAGGAAUUAGAGCAAAUCCUUCACGACCAAUCCUUCUCUCAUAGCUCCGUAACUCCACGAUCUUACGCUCAGUGGAGGGAAGAGAUCUAAACAGGUGUGGAUCUAAAGAGGUGUGGACAAUAUUAAUAUGGACAGUAGAGACCAGAUCAUACCACUACAGCAUAAUAUUGUGAGAUUAUACAGAAAGUUGUAUUAGGUUUAUACUUGAUCUGAAUUUUAAAUAUUGAAUUUUUGAUAUACAGUUAAAAAGUAUAUGUGAUAUAUAUUUAAUAUAUAUACAUAGAGAUAUAAGUGGACUGUUUCUACAUGAUAAAAAGUCUUCAUUGUACGUACGCAAUUUUCACAUUCCAGAUUCAUAAUAUUGUUUAAAAAUCAAAAAAACUAGUGCUACACAUAUGAUAUUACUCAUUGAUUUUUAGGAAUUUUCAUUUUUUAUUCCCCAUGCAAGUGUUAAAUGUAUUUAUAUACCCCCUCACCUGGGCUCAGGUAUGUGUCUAGGAUGGGUCUAAGAUAUUACCAUAGAUAAUCUCUAAACUGUGUCACUGUAAUCUACUUCCUUGUUCAGAUGCUAAAUAUCCAUACAUAUCAGAUGAGUAAUGCAACCUUUAUGAUAUUCUUAUGUCCUGUAAACAUAUCAAAGUGCAUUUACUUGUCCUCUAUAUAUUCAUAUUAUGUUUUCUAAAAUGAAAUAUAUAUUCUAUAUACAUAAGCAUAUUGCUAUUUACCAAAUUUUUUUCUUGUUAUAGCAUUACUUUUUUCAUAUUCAAUAAAGAAAUGAGAUUUUA